AUGCUCGUGGUUGACCUUCGUGGUCUUUCCUCUUCCAAGGCAGAGCAGCAUCGCCAUGAUGCGCAGGCCGUGGAUCCUCCUCUGUCUCAUGCUCCUGCAUAUCGCACAGGCACGCCAAUUGUUUCAAGCUCAGAGGUUGUUGGGCUAGGAAGCGAUGUCAAUGUGUCAUCUUCUGGCACAGCAAGAUCCCGUCUGGGAAUGCAGGUUCAAGAUGUCCAGCCUGUGGUAGUAUCAGGGAAGGACACAUCGCUUUCCACUGUUUCCAAUGACCCACAAGCAUCCCAGUCGCUUAAACGCCGCGCUACUGCCCUAUCAAACCCUUCUAUGGCAUCUGCGAGCCCAAAUGAACCUCCCAAAAAGCUGCAGAAAACGGGGAGGGUGGAAUCUGCUGGUACAUUCGCAUGCCUUCAGUCUCCACCAAAUGCAGAUUCGUCGAUUGUGGGGGAUGUCGCCACCAAUGGACAUGCUGCCCCGGCAACAAAAGCACUGCCCAAUAUUCAUGUCAACGGCGAGACUGUUAGAAAGAACUCGAGCCAACAUGAGUUGUCUCAUGCCAGUCAUGAUGGGCAGCAGAUAGCGAGGCUUGAGAAUGCACUCGAACAGACGCAAGAACGGCUGGCUAGUAUCUUGUAUGAGCAAAGCAAGAAAUACCAAGCUGAUAUGGAGCGAUUUGAGAGCCGCCUAUCAAGAUCAUAUCAACUACAGCUGGAAGAGAAGGAAGCUAGAUUGGAAGCACGAUAUCAUGCAUUUCAAACACGGGCACUUCGAGAGUUUGAGGCUAAGCUGCUUGCUACCACUGAAGAUUCUAUCGUUUGUGCGUCCAAGUCGACGUGCAGUGAAACAAGCAAGGGUAUUCAAGAGUCGGCACUCAAGCGACUGACGGCGACAACGGAAGGCCUUGUCCAAGAGCUCGCAACAUACAAGGAGCAUGUUUCAAACCACAGCGAACUAGGAAGGAAGCUUGAUCGAAAGCUUCAGGCAGUCACGACAAGAACUUCAGAUGCCUCUUUGCAGCGCUUCUUCUCAGACUGUGCGGUAGACUCAUUGACGUUGCUAAAAGAAUCACAAACAGAAGAGCUCGAACAACGACUGAAGCGCAUUCAACAGGAGCUCGCUCGACGCAUUGACCAGACAGAGAUCAGUCUGCGUGACUUUUGCAAAGGCCUGUCACACGAGCUGCAAGAGCAGCCAAAUGUGAAUUUUAACACGGAUGGUGGUACACUGGAUGUGAACGCUACUUCGGCAGUGAACCAGAUCAUUCCGGCGGAACUAGCCAAACUGAUUCUCCGCGUCGAGUCGGUUGCCACUGAGGCACAAGCGUCACUGGAUGCUACGAGCAAGCACGACAAUUGGGAAAAGAAUAUGUCAAAAAGUAUCGCCUCACACCAACAGACACUCCAUGCAUUGAAGAGGCACACGAAGAACCAUCACAGUCUCUUGGCUGAGCUGUCGAGGAAGAACAAGACCGCUAAGAACUCUACGUGUCAAUCGCUAGCAACACCGAGGCCAGAGACAUCAAGUCGAGAGCAACUUCAGUCGCAGUCGCAGUUGCCGGCCAGAUCGCCUCCAGUCGCGGAGGAGUUAGAAGAAUCACAAACCACAGAGGCAGGCACAGGUCUUACAACAUCUUUCUCCCUGACAACAAGUCAUGCACUCCCUGCUGCAACGCAUACCAACACGACACCAGCAUAUGCAA